CACGGAGUAGUACCGGAUCGACCCAUCCGCCACGAGAUCAUCCUCGAGGACGGGGCCGUACCUCCGUGUGGUUGCAUCUACUGAAUGAGCGAGGAAGAGUUAAGUGUGUUACGGGCACAACUCGACGACCUCCUGGAGAAAGGUCGAAUUCGGCCUAGCUCAUCGCCAUACGGUGCUCCUGUUCUCUUCGUCCGGAAGAAGAACAAGGAUUUGCGGUUGUGCAUCGAUUAUCGCAAGCUCAAUGCGCAAACGAUCAGAAACGCCGGCCCUCUGCCACGCAUCGACGACCUUCUCGAACGACUGGGCGGCGCCAAGUUCUUCUCCAAGCUUGACCUCAAGUCGGGAUAUCACCAACUCGAGAUUCGGCAGGAGGACCGUUUCAAGACCGCGUUUACGACGCGAUGUGGGCAUUUCGAAUGGCUGGUUAUGCCAUUUGGCCUUACGAAUGCCCCGACCACUUUCCAAGCGGCUAUGACAACGGAGUUCCGACACAUGCUGGAUCGAUACGUACUUAUCUACCUCGACGACAUCCUGGUGUGCAGCCGGAGUUUGGACGAGCAUGUGGAACACCUGCGCACCGUUUUGGAGCGGCUACGACAAGCCAAGUACAAAGCCAACCGCGACAAGUGCGAAUUCGCGAGGCAGGAGCUGGAGUACUUGGGACAUUAUGUGACGCUGCAAGGCAUCCGUCCCUCUUGCGGACAAGAUCUAGGCCCUACGAGAGUCCGGCACGAAGAUGAAACCAAGUUCAUCUCGGCAUCCACAAAUGGACGGGCAAACGGAGUGGGCACAUCAAACCGCUCAAAUGCUUCGUACGCUCAUCCGUCCGGACCAGAAAGAUUGGGUUUACCGCCUCCCCGACAUCGAGUUCGCCUACAACACUUCGGUGCACCGAGCGAUCGGCGUGACUCCAUUCGAAUUGCACCACGGUGGAUGGAAAGGCCGUAUCUUCGCCGACCUUCUCCUCCCACGACCAGCCGAUAUCAACGCCGCUUGCUCUCCUGCUUCCGUCUGGAAGCACAGGGAAUUGCUGGCUCAAGCCCGCGCGAAUAUGCAAAAGACUCAAGUCCGCAUGCACAGCAAGCCAACAGGCGUCGUGUGCCAUGUCCCAUCCGCGCCGGUGAUCUGGUUUGGGUCUCCGCGGAAGAGUUUGCACUGGAACAGGACGUUUCACGCAAACUGCUUCCCAAGUGGUUUGGACCAUGGCCCGUAACAGCAGCCGCGGGCGAUGAGCCCGAUGGCCCUUCAUUUGUGAUCAACAUCCCUGCGCAUCUGACGGUCCAUCCAGUCUUUCACGCCUCGAAGCUGGCAACAUAUACACCAGCUAAGAGCGACGACUUCCCGGGCCGACGAUCGCAGGACCCUCCAUCUAUGGAUGGUCAUCAGGAGGUUGACCUCGUCAUCACGGAUCGCAAGUACGGCAACAAGCCUCGCCAGUACAAAGAUAUUGCAAUGGAAUUAGCAGAGCAGUAACACAGCAAACUCGUAAGAGGCUGCAAUGAUCAGCAAAGCAAUAACAAAGCAAAAUCGAGUAU